CACGAUAUCACUAAAACCCCAAUAUGUAAGUCAAGCACUGCGCUUGAUCUACGUGGACGAGCUCUCUGUCUCCUCCUGCUGCUGUACUCGUUUAGCUCGCUAGCUGUUCUGAAUCCGCCUCUGUAAGUCAUCAUCAUCAGUCCAAGAUAGCGGACAGUCAGGAAGCCAGCGGUAAUGAAAGGAAGCAGAAAACAGCCGAGAUAGCUCGAUAGAAACCGAUCUGACACCAUGUCCUGUUUAAAGGGGCUCCUCACCAGCUGCCUUGUACUGGCGAGUGUGAUGUCCUGGGCCAAGGCAGUGCCAAUAAGUAUAGAUAAAACUAAGGUGAAGCUCCCAGAAGAAACAGUCAAAGAGCCUCCCCAGAGUGUGGACACCGGACUACACUAUGACCGCUAUCUCAGGGAAGUUAUUGAUUUCCUUGAAAAAGAUCAACAUUUUAGAGAAAAGCUCCACAACACAGACAUGGAAGAUAUAAAGCAAGGGAAGUUGGCUAAAGAGCUUGACUUUGUCAGCCACCAUGUGAGAACCAAGCUGGAUGAACUCAAAAGGCAAGAGGUCAGCCGCCUGAGAACCCUGAUCAAAGCCAAGCAGGACAUUGAAGGAGGGAAUGAUAUUGCGGUAGAUCACCAGGCGUUACUCAAGCAGUUUGAAUAUCUGAACCACAUGAACCCGCACACAUUUGAGGUUGAGGAUCUGGACAGACUCAUCAAAUCGGCUACAAAAGAUCUGGAGAACUACGACAAGGAGCGGCAUGAAGAAUUUAAAAGGUACGAGAUGAUGAAAGAGCAUGAGAGACGAGAACACCUGAAGACACUUGAUGAGGAGGACAGGAAGAAAGAGGAGGAGCACUAUGAGGAGAUGAAGAAGAAACAUGCUGAUCACCCCAAAGUCAACCAUCCCGGUAGCAAGGAUCAGCUAAAAGAAGUGUGGGAGGAGGCUGAUGGCCUUGACCCUGAAGAUUUUGACCCCAAAACCUUCUUUAAUCUACAUGACACAAACGGAGAUGGCUUCUUUGAUGAACAAGAGCUAGAAGCCCUAUUCACGAAAGAGCUGGAGAAGAUCUAUGAUCCGACUAAUGAAGAAGACGACAUGGUUGAAAUGGAGGAGGAGAGGCUGCGAAUGAGAGAACACGUUAUGAACGAGGUUGAUACCAAUAAAGACAGACUGGUGUCCUUAGAUGAGUUCCUGGUUGCCACAAAGAAAAAAGAGUUUCUUGAACCAGACAGCUGGGAAACUCUAGAACAGAACCAGGCAUAUACUGAAGAAGAGAUGAGAGAGUUUGAGGAGCAUUUGGUCAGGCAGGAGCAAGACUUAAACCAGAAAGCAGCUGACCUUCAGAAGCAGAGGGAGGAUCUAGAGCGACAGCAGGAGCAGCUCAAUGCUCAGAAAAUAGAACUGCAGCAGGCUGUGGAGCAUAUGGAACGGUUGAAAACACAGAAGGAACCGUCUCAACCUGAGAUGCAUUUGGAGGGAAAUGCUGUUCCUGAGUCCAUAGGACAUGACCAACCUCCUGUGCCCCCUGAGCACCAGCCUCUGUCCCCAGGACACCAAGAUAUCCCUCCAGAACAACAACAACAACAUGAUGUACCUCAGAAUCAACAGGAUCUAGGACAGGAACACCAAAAUAUAGCCCAAGAAAACCAGCCACUGCCACCAGGACACAACAGCCCACCCCAAGAUUCUCUAAAGGUUCCCCUUGACCACAACAAUGUGCCAUAGGACUGUCAUAUGGUUUUGUGGAGAAACCGACCUAGCACCAGGCUCAGAGACUUCAACAAACAGUACCUCUUGUCCAGUACUAGUCAAUGAUUACCUGCGUUCGUGUGUGCUACGGUUUUAUUUAGUAGGGAAGUGGCUGGUUUCAUAAGCAUAAUACAUUUAAUGCAGACUUUGCUGUUUGGUAUAAGUGUGUUUGAUUUCUUUUUGUUAUUGAAAAUAUCUUUUUCAUUCGUUGUGGAUAUUUUAUUUUACAACACAGUGGAUUGGAUGUCUGUGUAUACGCUUUUGUUUUGCACAUUUAUUUUUCUGGAAUUUUAAUGACCAUGAAGAGCUACUUAAAACCUAGUUGUGUGGUAUCAGAGUAUUGUUGAAUUGUACUGGAAGUUUUUAAUUGAUUAGGGCUACUCUGAAUUUUAACUGUUGCUUACAGUGGGAACUUUGAGAGUUAAGUCAGACAUCAAUAAAAAUCUAUUUGGAAAAAAAAAA